AUGGCAAGUGUCAUUUUAACUCUAGCGAAUGUGCUGACCACUAUGAGCAUUGGCGCGCGUCUUGUCGCCGUUGGUCACAUGGCGAAUGUUCCAGCAUUACCCGAUGCAAAUGCGUGGGGUUUACUGAAACUUAAGUCGGGUAACAAAUCAAGACAGUCCAAACAGUUAAAGCGCUUACAGAAUGAUUCUACUCCCCUCAAUGUCCCAGAUGAUUUACGCGACGAGAAAAAGAACCGCAGAAUUAAGUUUAAUUUAAAUCGAGAACGCCUCAAUCUGUGGAAGGGUCCUGUUCAUCAGAACCGUUUGGCAGAUCAGCUAAUCUUUCCACUUCAGAGUCAUGCCGUUCAGUUUCCUACCUCAGAUGAAGCUAGGGAAGCUAAGCAGCAUAAGGCAUUGGAGGCAUUAAAAGAAGAUGAUACGUCUCUCCAAGGAAAACUUUUCAAGGUUUUGUAUAGAAAAACAGCUCAGCCUGUUUCUACUGUCAAUAAGGAAAUUGAAGAGCAGUUGAAACUUGCUCAUAAAAUGUGUCGUAAGGCCUCCGAGCAAAUGAAGCAGCGGUUGCGAGAGGUGGCAUUGCUUCGCAAAGCUAAGCUGCAAAAGCGGAUUAAGAGCAAGAACUAUCACCGUCGCGCAAAGCGGCGCAUCAUGAAAGAGUUUGAAAAGGACAUUGCCCUUCUGCGUAAGAAUAACCCUCAGGCUUUCGCUGAACGCCUGCUUGAGGCGGAUCGGCUUCGCGCCAAGGAGCGAGCGAGCUUGCGACACAAGACGGGUGGCAAAUUUGCGAAAAUGCAACGCUUGAGGGCGAAGUAUGACAAGGAAGCGAGAGAUGCAGUGGCCAACAUGCACGAUCAGGCUCGGGAUUUGACAAAGCGUCGACAGAAUAACGGUGACGAUGAUGACAGUGAUUCUGUGAUCUCAGACAUUGAUCUUAGCUCCUCGGAGGAAGAGGAAACUGAUGAGGAAGAGGUGGAGGUUGAUGAUGAGGAAAUGAAGGAAGAAGAAGAGAUAGCUCCUUACCUUGCUAGUUGGUGGGCUAAGGUCGAAAAUCAGCCACAAAAGCCUACUUCCACAGAAAUGGACGAAGGCGAUGAUAUCGAAAUGACUAACACUGCUCCCGCCGCUCCGACUAUUCUCUCCACUCUCGCUUCUGACGAAAUGCUCCAAAAGUCCGCCACCGUCUCUACCAACAUUAACUCCGAUGCAAAGACGGAUGAGUUCCUGGACCCUACUGACGAGAACUUCUUUGCUGCUCUCCAAGAGGCAGUGGGCGAGGUGGGCGGAGUGGAGUCGGCUGAGGCAGAGUUCGAGGCGGAGAAGCGUGCAGUGAAUGAGGAGGAGGCACUGAAGGAUGUAGACACCUUCCUGCCCGGGUGGAAUCGAUGGACCGGUCCUGGCACCGAAGCGGUGGACGAGGAACUCCGCCGCAAGCGCCUCAUUAAGGCGCCUAAGCGUAAACGUAGAGAUUUUGGACGUGCAAAGGUCAUCAUUAAAGAAAGGGUGAAUGAGGAGCUCAGGAAGCAUUUGGUUAAAACGAUUCCCUUCCCCUAUGCCAAACCGGAGCAGUAUGAGCAGGCGUUGGCACAGCCAAUUUGUCGCGAGUGGACCACAGAAGCAGCUCACAGGGAGCUCACUAAACCCAAAGUCAUCCUCAAGGCAGGUCGAGUCAUCAAACCAAUCAGUCAGGACGUCGCCCUACUACGUGAGAAAGAUGCUCUUCGGUUACUGACAGGAAAGAAGAAAGUGUGA